AUGACGGAGCGCGAGUUCGCCAAUAUGUUCCUCUUUGCGCGAGGGUUCGAGGCCUCGACGCUCAAGAUUCCAAGCGGCAGCGGGCCGUCAUCGAACGGCCAACCAGGCAAAAUCAAGCAGACGAUUGGCUUCGCCAAGUUUAGAACUAGGGCAGAGGCUUUGGAGGCGAGGGAUGCGCUCAACGGCAAGAAGAUUGACGCAGAGAGAGGUUGCGUACUCAAGACGGAGAUGGCAAAGAAGAAUCUGCAUACAAAGAGAGCAGCAGGGCCAGAAGGGGAGCAGCAGCCGCCUUUGCGUGGCGCACAACCGCACUCGACUGCUUCGACGUCCCCCAAGUCCCCCAUGGAACUUCCGAGCCCAACCUCGCGCUCCUUUUCCAUCGACCAGAAUCCACCCUGCGGUACCCUCUUUGUCGGCAAUCUACCCGGCAGCAUCUCUCCCUCCGCCUCUGCCUCGCUCGAGGACCAAUUGCGGCAACGUUUCGUCGCCUGCCAGGGAUAUCGUCAGCUCUCGUACCGCGUCAAGAACAACGGUCCUAUGUGCUUCGUCGAGUUUGACGACGUCCAGAACGCAGCUCGAGCUCUGGCAGAGGUAAAUGGCGAUACGAUGGGAGGGACAGUCAAGAAUGGCGGGCUACGCUUGAGCUUCUCCAAGAAUCCACUCUUC